UGAUACUUGAAGGCCGACCAUCAUCGAAGUCUCUUUACUUACUAAUGGAGGUGGCCAAUUUGUAGAACUGCACUGCCUAUCAUGUAAGCAGAAAUUACUUUGUUCCUAUCUGUACUUUAUUUCUGCAAUUAUUCACAAAGCAUCAAUUUGUCGUUAAAUUCUUCAGCCUUUACGGAACAAAGGAUAUUUUUGAUAAUUGCUUAAUGCAUGGUUUCUCAUUUUAUAUUAAAUAUUAAUUUUCUGUUGGGCUUUCUCUUCCAUGAUGAUAUUGAUAGUCCACUUUUUAUUGAUCUGCCUUAGCUUGUAAAUUCUUCUACUUAGGCAUAGGUUUCGUAGGGAAAUUAAAGGACAAACUGGUGGAAACCUGAAACGUAAAUAGAGGUUUCAGUAUUUUAUUUACUACUGAAGAUCCAGCACCUGGCAAAAGGAGCCAUGAUGUAGUUAAGCUAGUUGAAGAAUAAUUGAAAACUAAGCAUUGCAAAUAGGAGAUAGGACUAAAGAUCAAACUUAGUUAUCAACAUCAGUUCUUCCUAUCUGUCCCACUUAAAGUAUGAAUUCUACCCCUUUUUUUUGCACCUUCGGAAAGCUGCAUUCAUGAGGCUAAGGUGGAAUGAGUUAGGCACUUGUUUUAUAAUCUGAUCUACUAUUGUGGCUGCAAUCUUUUCUAAAAUAUAACAUAGUUUUCUAAGGGCAAUCCUUGACACAAUGCUAAGGUUGCUCCUUUAAUAAGACUUGAUCAAAUUCGAGUUACGGAAGUAACAUGUUUGCAGAUGCCCUUGUUAGGGUCAUUUGUUUGAUCGGUUAUCAAAUGAGUCGCCUAGUAUAAAAAAACCAAAAUGCUUGAACAUAUUCAAUGUCUAUUUGUUAUAAUAAGCAAUAUGUUUGUGUGUGACCACAGUUAGUUCAGGGGGCACAUCUGUUUUGCUGCUGCUGCUCUCGGAUGAAACUAGACACUGGUACCAACUUUAGCACCCUGAAUAGAGUGAGUUGCCUGUUUCAUCCUUUGAAUCCAUCUGAGCUUUACCUGUAAAUCUAGUUUGUUAUGAUCUCGUGCGCGAAGCAUGCAUACCACAGUAAAAUAACAAAAAUACAUGAAAACAGUUAAGAAUUCUAUUGAUUCUGUCCAAGGUUAAUUGAUCUGGAAGGAGCAGAUGCAAAGAGCGUUAGUGUUUUUCUUUGUUAAGAGUGCUAGAAAGUUAUCUUGAAGAAUGGAAUUUUCUGAUCUUUCUUUGACCCUUUCUCAUAUAUUUUACUGAGUAAACGUAGCAUAAUGUGCUGUACGUAUGAUGUCUGCUGUAGCCAUGUUGGUCAAGGGGAUGCAUUACUUGGAUGUGAUGAUCCGUGAACAGCUAUUGACGUACAAAGCUUAUUAACCAAUCGGGUCAUAAUGGAUGGAGAUAGCAGGAUGGCCAAAGAGAGAGGGAGAUUAAUUGUAGGAUGUCCGAGGCAUCGAAAGUGGUGUUUGAUUUCAGUCAAAAGGCAGCUAAGCCUUAAAUUCUUUUCCCCAUUACUAUCUGGCUUCGAUUGAAGUUAAAUAACGGUGGUAUGACUUUGAUGGGUAGUAGUACCAAAUGCACACAAGCAUUGCCUGGAAUUGUGCGUGCACAAUGGUAAGACUAGCGACCUUAGAAUGUGGUCACCUGCGUCUAGAAACUAGCCUCUUUUAUCUUUUUUUCUUUUUUUUGUAGUCUUUUUGUUCUCAUUGCUUGACCUCUCUACCUUGCGUCCAGCCAUAAGCCAUAAUUUGGUGAAAAAGGUAGACGUCUAAAAAUGAACACUAAAGUCAGUCUCGAUAGCUAUUAGUUUUCUUCGAUUAGGGAGAAAAUUAUUGUUGGCUACCUACUACUAGUCAUCAAUAUUUAGUCAAUAUCUGGUGGAACCGUUUCUGAUGGAUUUGCGGUGCAAGCACAUCAAAAUCUAAUGUUUGCUUGUCCGCGAGAGAGCCUGCCUUCUCUAUCCUUGUGUUUUAGUUGGCCAUUGCUAAUGCAGAUGAGACUCAUGCAAAAAAAAAAAAAAAAAGAGAAAAUAAGGUAGAAAAAACUGACGAGAGCCACGUGCCGGUGGUGGGAGAAAUGUGGUAGUGGGGCGCGAGGGACCCACUAGGGGAGUAGCAAAGGCUUUCCACCGACACCCACGCUCGCGAGUGCCCUCAUCCGCGGAGCACCCCCCACUCCCACCGAAACGCGUCGCCGUCCCCGCCCGAUCGCGGAUUAAGCGGAGCUGUGGGAACGAUUCAUGCAAACACAGCGCUAAUGACCACAAUUAAGACGAGAAGAGUGGGAAAGAAUUGGGCUGGCGUCCGUUCACGUGCAUGCGUCAUCGGAGACCACGAGCGAGCACGUGCGAUGUGGCGGUGGUGGGUGGGUGCGGGAUUCCCCCCUCGCAUCGGGAUCCUCAUCGCCCUCACGUGAUUCGAUGCCCUCGUCUCCGACUUUCUAUACGGCAGCCACGGCGCCUUCCUCAUCAGGACCCGGUAAACAACUACGACAACAUCCAGCGGGCCACGCUGGAUCCGACGGCUCAGGAUCCACAUGAAGAAACAAGAAAAGUACCCGGUCCUUGGGCCGCAUGGGUAGCGCGCGUACAGCUGGCGCCCGACGCCUCCGCUCGUGAGCUUGAGGGUGAGUGCAACACUGUGUUUGGUCGCCGGGGGGAGACUCCAGCCGCAUGAUGGGUGGGGGUCUCGUCAGAGAUUUCACAGCUGUAUCCAGUUGUCUCGGCGUCGUUACAAGGGGGGACUCAGAGGUGCGCCGGUGGUCCACACGGCGUCCGACACUGCAUGUCUUAGUGACCGCUCGCCUCACCGCGGUAAUCGCCACCUGCGUCCUCAUCAACCACGGCACAUGACGAAUAGCAUACAGGUAUUCUGCCCGGUGUAUAGUUGGGGCACGACGCCUCGAGAGGUCCGGCACCUCGUUGUCCAAUGCGCAGCGCCUGCGGCUGUCCAAUGGGACGCAGUGAAUCCUCGUGUGCAGGUGCAGUGGUAGCCGAAUGCCGGAGGCGCACGGCCACGGUAACUGCACAGUGCCCACAGAAAGAGAAGGUAACGUAACUAGAAACUCCCUAUUCCCUCACAGCCACACGCAAAUCGAGUCCAUGGUCUAACCAGGUGGAGUUAGUUUUAUCGGCAGUUAAAAUGUCGAUGACAAAACAGUCAACGAUGGAGAUCAUUCACGUCAAGCUAAUAUGCCAAACUCACAUGGGAGAGGGAUAAAUACGAGGGGGUUGAAAAAGUAACAGAAGACUUGGAGAGAGGAGAGGGGAGGUAGAUGAGGGUGAGGGAUGCACGUAGUGCAUGAAGCCACAACCUCUUUCAAUGUGCUCUCCCCCCUUCCCCACCCCCUCUCAGUCCGAGCGCCUCGUUACUUCCACAACGGCAUUGAUAUUAUUAUCAUUAUUGGUCUCAUCAUGGCCACCUCCAUUAUUUGUAGCAAUGUUGCAAAUUUGUGAAUGCCGUCUUGACCUCAAUUCCCACCUCCAUUUCUUCUCCUUCCUCUAGCUCUCGCUCGCUCACUCUCUCUCCACCCACCCUCACUGGGAACAGAACAAGACUAGGAGCUCGGAGUACCAUAGUCCUUCGGUACGACUCUCUUUGCCUUCUGAUGGCUCCGGAGUGGGAGAUGGCAAUGAUGGGAAUUGGAGCUUGCUAUUCUAUAAGCUCAGCGGCUGUUUCACCACUUCCCAGCACCAGCGCUACUCCCACUUCGCCUGCUUACCUCUACGGUCCAGUUCCGCCCACCGCCGACGCCGGUCUCUGCGUCGAUGACCUCCUCGACUUCUCCCAUCAUGAUCUCUUCCCUCCUGUUGCCACCGACACCCUUUUCUACGCUACCACGACGGUGGAGCCGUCGUUGACCACCGGGGGCAGUACGCUAUCAGAGGAGACGUUCUCUGUUUUCCGAUCUCAGCAGGCCUCCUCCGACCUUUACAUUCCACACUGCGAGGACGCAGCAGAGCUGGAGUGGCUGUCCAAGUUUGUGGAGGAUUCCUUCUCCGACGUGCCUUACGAGACCGGCGCGGGCAUAAUAACGCCUCGGGUGGAGCAGUCGGCCAACGGCCCUGGAGCUCGGAGCAAGCGCUCGAGCGCCGCUACUGGUGCGGUAGCGGCCGAAGCUUGGUCCUCAAUGGUGGCGCCAUUACAGCCACCAGCUCAGAACUCGCCUUCGUCUUCGUCUUCUUCGUCCUCCUCCGAGUUCUCGAUGCCCAAGCCAAAGGGGAACGGUGGCGACAACAUCAAUAGGAGCAACAGAGGAAAGAAGGGCGUUAGCGGAGGAGGAAGAAGCGCGGGGAUGGAAGGCGGGGCGGCGCGGCGAUGCACGCACUGCGCGUCGGAGAAGACGCCGCAGUGGCGGACGGGGCCGCUGGGGCCCAAGACGCUGUGCAACGCAUGCGGGGUGAGGUACAAGUCCGGGAGGCUCGUGGCGGAAUACCGCCCGGCGGCAAGCCCCACCUUUGUUCUCACGCAGCACUCCAACUCCCACCGCAAGGUGAUGGAGCUCCGCCGCCAGAAGGAGCUGCUGCUCCGUCGCCAUCACCAGGAGAACCACCCCUCCUCUUCCGCUCAGCCGGAGCUGCUGUUAGGCGACUACGGGGCUUGCUAAGCUGCAACCGACGCUACCGUCGCAGGCCGACAGUCCCUUCCACCUCUCAAGGACAACUCUCGUUUGUUUCUAAUUCUUCCUUGAACUCUCCACAAAUCGGACGGUUGAGAUCUUAGCAAUCUCCUUUUAUGGAUAUCUUUUCCUACUUUAA